CUCAAUGAUAGUAUUGGGAAUGCCUCUAAAUGAACAGGAUUCUUAACAUAGGAAACAUUUUUUCAUCUGGCCCUACAUGGGGGUGGUUCUAUGCCAUCAAGGCCAUUCAAGACCAAUCGACGUCGUCUAUCAUUUGCCAUUCUCCGGUUCUUCGCAGCUCUCUUGCUCUUCGCCGUGCUUCUUGUCUGGGCAAGUCUGCGUUUGUGCAGCACCAGCAGUCCCCAAGACACGGAGAGAGGUAGGUCGGAGGAGUGUUAAUGGCCUUUUCGGGUGUUCGAGAUGCAUUUGCGUGGUAAUGUAGGGAAAAGCAUCAUUGAUCGGUGUGAAGGUCAGAGCGGGGGCUGAGAACCGAAUUUACAAAAUGCGGGAACUCAUUGACGGCUACCUCGAGCAGCGGAGUUUAGGUUUGGUCCUCGCCAGGACGGGUGCAGAGCGCACGCUCUCAUUGGUGGAGACCAAAUCCUUGCUACUGUGAAGCAGGCGAGGUGCAAAAGUCUUGUAGACCAGGAAAAUGGGGAAAGGAGGCAGAGCAGUUGGAGUGGAGGAGGCGAUCAGCCCAGUGGAGAGAGCGCCAUCCAGCAGACCACCCUUCACGGUCGGUGACUUGAAAAGGGCUAUCCCUCCUCACUGCUUUAAGAGGUCGAUCCCAAGAUCAUUCUCAUAUUUGAUCUUUGACCUCGUCAUUAUCAGCAUCGCCGUCUACUGCACCAAGUUCUUCGUCUAUGAUGGACUUCUGAACUGGGCUGUUUGGAUCGCCUAUUGGGUUGUCACCGGGUGCGUUGCAACUGGAGUCUGGGUCAUCGCCCACGAGUGUGGUCACCACGCAUUCAGCGACUACCAGUGGCUGGACGACACUGUAGGGCUCAUUUUCCACUCGCUCCUCCUCGUGCCAUACUUUUCGUGGAAAUACUCCCACCGCAGGCACCAUUCGAACACCGGGAGCGUGGAGAAAGACGAGGUCUUCGUGCCGAAGGUGAAGGAGGAGUUCGGGGGCAUUGGUAGGUAUCUGCAGCAUCCUCCCGGUAGAUUGAUCCAGAUUAUCGUCACGCUCACUAUGGGGUGGCCGAUGUACUUGAUCUGGAAUGUCUCCGGGAGGAAAUAUGAUCGCCCAGCCUCCCACUUCAACACGCACAGCCCCAUCUUCGUCGACAGGGAGCGCUUCUUCGUUUUCAUCAGUGACAUCUCCCUCCUCGCAGUCGCAGGACUUCUCUACAAACUCUACUCCGCCUUCGGGCUGGCCUACCUCAUCAAUAUGUACGCCAUACCCCUCCUCAUCGUAAACGGCUUCCUAGUCCUCAUCACUUACCUCCAACACACACAUGCUGCUCUUCCGCAUUACGAUUCCCGAGAGUGGGACUGGCUUCGAGGAGCGCUGGCCACCAUGGAUAGGGACUACGGAAUCCUGAACCAUGUGAUGCAUCACAUUACUGACACCCAUGUUGCACAUCAUCUGUUUUCCACCAUGCCGCAUUAUCAUGCUUCCGAGGCAACAGAGGCAAUCAAGCCAAUUUUGGGCAAAUACUACCAGAUGGACAGAACUCCUGUGCCCCUGGCGUUGUGGCGAGAGUUUCGAGAAUGUGUGUAUGUCGAAUCAGAGAAUCAGGAUGGGGUCCUUUGGUACAAGAACAAAGUAGAAUAAGGGAUAGUCUUAUCGUCUUUCCUCGCCUCACCAUUUUGUCCACCAGAGGGGUUAAUUAGUUGUACAGUGCUCAGCAAUCUCGGUCUCGGCCUGGGAGGGGGUCAGAUGUCUUGGGUGUGAUGAACUCAAACAAAAAUCAAUCAAAACAUGUUAUCAAAAUUCUAUGA